AUGUCAUCGCUGCCGUGUCCAUCAACUGUCAUCGCUGCCGUAACCAUCAACUUGGUCAGCACUUUGGUGAGCACAUUGGUCAUGGCAUUGGUCAACACUUUGGUCAGCACCUUGGUCAGCACGUUGGUCAUGGCAUUGGUCAGCAGGUUGGUCAUGGCAUUGGUCAGCACAUUGGUCAACACUUUGGGCAGCAUCUUGGUCAACACUUUGGUCAUCGCAUUGGUCAUCAAUGCAAUCAGUACUCUGUCUAGAACAUUAGAUGUCAGUUGGCAGUUAGGUGAUCGGUGGAAUUUGGAUUACAAUGUUUGCGCUAACACAUUGCUGAGAUCAGCUGUAGAACGCGAUGCAGAAGGGUAUCUUGCGUACGAGGAAAUCGCGGAUGUGGCGGCCCACCGGGAAGCGGAAGAUGCACAGGUCGAGCAGGAUGAUGGCGACGAUGAUGGCAACGACGACGGCGGCGAUGGCGGAAUACCGCACCCUGUGGAAGGGCCGGAUGCGGAAGUAGAUCAUGACGCAGAUGACGACGAUGAUGAGGGCGACAGGGACGAUGAUGUAAGGGAUGGGAUACCGCACCCUGUGGAACGGGCGGAUGCGGAAGUAGCUCAUGACGCAGAUGACGAUGAUGAUGAGCGCGACGGGGGCGAUGAUGAUGGGGAGGGGGAGGGGGAAAAUGAAGGGUAUCUUGCGGACGAGGAAAUCGCGGAUGUUGCGGCCCACCGGGAAUCGGAAGAUGCACAGGUCGAGCAAAAUGAUGGCGACGAUGAUGGCAACGAUGACGGCGGCGAUGGCGGAGUAGGGAGGGGGGAUGGUCACCACGCUGCUCAUGUACCGCACCCUGUGGAACGGCCAGAUGCGGAAGUAGAUCAUGACGCAGAUGACGAUGAUGAUGAGGGCGACGGGGACGAUGAUGUAAGGGGCGGGAUACCGCACCCUGUGGAAUGGCCGGAUGCGGAAGUAGACCAUGACGCAGAUGACGACGAUGAUAAGGGCGACGGCGGCGAUGAUGAUAGGGAGGAGAGGGGCUCUGCACUGGAGGAGGAAGAACCGGAGGAACCAAGGGAUUGGGCGGCAUGGGAGGAAAGGGUAGCAUACUGGGUACGUACAGAUUCCACAUUGCGUGCAUUUCUACGACAAAAACAGGAACAAUAA